GUGAAGGCUUUGGCUGAGGAAUGCAAAAUCAAGGGAAGUAUCCACAUUGUUUUGAACUUCUUUCAAGAUAUCGGAGAGGUUGUUUAUUUUGGGAGAGAGGAAGAUCCUGACGGAAAACUUUUGAAAGAAAAUAUCAUUCUAGAUCCACAAUGGCUGGUUGACUUGUUUAGAACUAUCAUAACACACAUAAAUUGUGAAGAGCAACAUGCAGUCUAUAUAAAGUCAUGGUGGAGGUUGAAAGAAGAAGGAAUCUUGGAGGAACGAUUAGCAGAUCGUUUGUGGAAGGAUGUUGGGGUGUCAAAGGAAUUCUUGUUUGAGAUUAUGAACAAGUUCUAUCUUAUUUGCGAGAAGGUAUUUUCAGAGAAG